AUGUUAUCUAGAAAUUUAAGAUUAGCAAGUCGGCAACUUUCAUACUCCGUCCCUAAAUGGAAUCUUUUCGGCGGGUCGAAGACUAUCCAUCCAAGUCCUGGUAGUGGUAAUUUGAGUGCCCCAUCUGGAAAGGGAGAACUGGCACCAGAUCCAGUGGAUUUGAUCAAGAGAAACGAUAUGCUUGCCCACUCUCAAAAGCCUCGUAAUAAUAUUGAAUCUGUAAGAUCAAACGGUUUCUUAUUCUCUAGUAACAUCAUAGUUGCCUCGCCUUCUGAGGAGACUGGUGAUAUCAUCGGUACAUUGCUCAUUGACAGUGACAUCUUUGAGGUGAAUUUGUCUGCGAACGGCUUUAACUUGGUGAACGGAUUUAUAGUAGAGUUUGAUGAAAAAUCUGUGCUUUCAGUGUUCAGUAAAAUACAUCCUAAGCCUGAAAUAGUUGUUAUAGGACUUGGUAAGCAAUCUAGAGUGUUGAGUGAAAGUAACAGAAAGUACUUCUCAAGUCUUGGAAUCCAAAUUGAGGUUUCUGAUAGUAAUAAUGCUGCCCAGAACUUUGAUCUCUUGGCAACUGAAAGACCAAAUGUAGUGGGAGCUUUGAUGUUACCACCAAAUGUAUGA